UCCGGCCCGCCGCGUCGCCGCGUCUCCGCGUGGAGUUCGCCGGCAGCAUGGCGCACUACAACUUCAAGAAGAUUACGGUGGUGCCGUCCGCCAAGGACUUCAUCGACCUCACAUUGUCAAAGACUCAACGGAAGACUCCAACAGUUAUUCAUAAACAUUACCAAAUCCAUCGCAUAAGACAUUUUUAUAUGAGAAAAGUCAAAUUUACUCAACAGAACUACCAUGACAGAUUAUCACAGAUUCUAACGGAUUUCCCCAAAUUGGAUGACAUCCAUCCAUUUUACGCAGAUUUGAUGAACAUUCUCUAUGAUAAGGAUCAUUACAAGUUGGCUCUGGGACAAAUAAAUAUUGCCAAAAAUUUAGUAGUAGAUACUCCAGGCAUUUUGGAUCAUCCUCUGGAGGAUCGGAACACCAUCGAAAUGCAGGCUAUCACAGCUUUGGCCCACCUCCGAGCUGCGGUCCUGUAUGUGAUGGAUUUGUCUGAGCAGUGUGGGCAUGGUUUAAAGGAGCAAGUAGAACUCUUCCAGAAUAUCAGACCUCUCUUUGUCAACAAACCUCUUAUAGUUGUAGCAAACAAGUGUGACGUGAGGCGAAUAGCUGAACUUUCUGAAGAUGAUCAGAAAAUAUUUAUAGAUUUGAAGGCCGAAGGAUUCCCUGUAAUUGAGACCAGCACCCUGACUGAGGAAGGUGUUAUUCAAGUUAAGACAGAGGCUUGUGAUAGACUAUUAGCUCAUCGGGUGGAAACCAAAAUGAAAGGAAAUAAAGUGAAUGAGGUGCUGAACAGAUUGCAUUUAGCUCUACCAAACAAGAGAGAUGAUAAGGAGAGGCCUCCUUUCAUCCCAGAAGGAGUAGUGGCUCGAAGGAAGAGAAUGGAAGUUGAGGAGCCCAAGAAGAAAAGGGAACGAGAUCUUGAGCUGGAAAUGGGAGAUGAUUAUAUUUUAGAUCUUCAAAAAUACUGGGAUUUAAUGAAUUCAUCUGAGAAGUAUGAUAAGAUACCAGAGAUCUGGGAAGGACAUAAUGUUGCUGAUUAUAUUGAUCCUGCAAUCAUGAAGAAACUGGAAGAGUUAGAAAAGGAAGAAGAACUAAAAACAGCUGCUGGAGAGUAUGACAGUGAGUCUGAAAGUGAAGAUGAGGAAAUGAUGGAAAUCCGAGAAUUGGCGAAACAAAUUAGAGAAAAAAAGAAGUUGAAAAUUCUGCAAUCCAAAGAAAAGAAUACACAGGGACCCAGGAUGCCUCGAACUGCUAAGAAGGUUCAGCGGUCAGACUUGGAGAAUGAGAUGCGUGGACUUGGUAUUGACAUGGACAAUAAAGAAGAUGCCCAUUAUGCAGUUCAAGCACGAAGAUCUCGGAGUGUCACUAGGAAAAGAAAGCGGGAGGAAUCCCUUCCACCUUCUUCUAUAUCUCGGAGUCGAAGUUGUUCUCGAACUCCACGUGAUGUCUCUGGUCUUCGAGAUGUCAAGAUGGUUAAGAAAGCCAAGACUAUGAUGAAGAAUGCUCAGAAGAAGAUGAAUCGCUUGGGGAAGAAAGGAGAAGCAGAUAGACAUGUAUUUGAUAUGAAACCCAAGCACUUACUCUCAGGGAAGAGGAAAGCUGGUAAAAAGGACAGGAGAUAGUGUCCUUUUUGGUUUACAUGGUUUGGCUAGACUAUUGUAGUCUUUAUAAAAUGGGAAUAGUCUAUUAACUGAAACAAACAAUGGAAGUAACAAAAAUGUACUUGUUGCUCUGCUGAAGAGAACUGUAUGUGUGCAGGAAAUUUAUGUCUGCAUAUAUUAUAAAUCUUUGAGAAGGUAGUGUUUCUGCAUUUAGUCAAGUGUUUGUUCCUUCCUAUUUGCAGAACUGGAAAGAUAGGUGUGGCUCAGUUGCUUUUGAUGAAGCAAAGGGAAGCAUUUGUUUAUUAUAUGUGAAAAGCAUGGUUUUAUGACAAAAGCUUCUCUGUUAAGUGGGCAUAGGAAGGAGGCUGCCAACUGACAUACUUGGGAGCAAACAUGUUUAUAAGUAUGUCAGACCCUGAGCUUAAAUUACUCUUGUAAGUUAUUUUCUAGACUUCUUGUACAAUGUAUUACUGUAAUCAUCUUCAACUAUUUUAUCCAAAAUAAAUUUCUAGAGGAAAA